GGCGGCCGCUAGGCGCCCCCAGCAGCGGAGCCCCGGGCCCUCGGGCGUCUAGGAGCCACUUGGGGGCCCAAGUCCCCUCCUCAGGGAGGCCGCCCGGGGAGGCCGGCGGCGCGGCUCGGCGGGGCGGGACCAGCGGCGAGGCCGCCCGAGUGCUGCCCCGCGGCGAGACCGAGCGAGCGCGGACCGAAGUUUCGCGGGCCCGGAGGCGGCGGAGCCGUUACCGUGACGCACCGGAAGUAGCCAAGGCCGGCGUCCGGGCCCGCCGAGAGCGAGUUCCCUCCCGUCGGCGACGCCAUGGAGCCCGGGGCGGCCGAGCUGUACGACCAGGCCCUGCUGGGCAUCCUGCAGCAUGUGGGCAACGUCCAGGAUUUCCUGCGCGUGCUCUUCGGCUUCCUCUACCGCAAGACGGACUUCUACCGCCUGCUGCGCCACCCGACGGACCGUAUGGGCUUCCCGCCCGGGGCCGCGCAGGCGCUGGUGCUGCAGGUGUUCCAGAACUUUGACCGCAUGGCUCGCCAGGAUGAUGAAAAGAGGAGGAAGGAGCUGGAGGAGAAGAUGAGGAGGAAGGAGGCGGAGGCUGCGGAGGCAGAAGCUGCAGCCUCGGGGGAGCAGGCGCCUGUCCCUGCCCCAGAGCUGGAGGUGGAGGUCAACACCACAGACGCGGCUGUGGCCUCGGGCGGGCCUGCGGAGCCUCAAGGCCAGCUGCGUGACAUGCAGAAGGUGGCCCCCGGCUCCCGGGAGGCUGCAGAGCCACCAGCCUUGGACACGGGUGCUGCUCAGACCCCGAGGGAACCCCCACCUCUUCCCAGGAGACAGGAGCAGUUCCAGAGAAACCCCGACAGCUACAACGGAGCCGUGCGGGAGAACUACACCUGGUCCCAGGACUACACUGACCUGGAGCUCAAGGUGCCGGUGCCCAAGCACGUGGUGAAGGGCAGGCAGGUCUCAGUGGCCCUCAGCAGCAGCUCCAUCCGCGUGGCCGUGCUGGAGGAGCGCGGGGAGCGCGUCCUCAUGGAGGGGAAGUUCACGCACAAGGUCAACACGGAGAGCUCUCUGUGGAGCCUGGAGCCCGGGAAGUGCGUCCUGGUGAGCCUGAACAAGGCGGGCGAGUACUGGUGGAGCGCCGUCCUGGAGGGCGAGGAGCCCAUCGACAUCGACCAGAUCAACAAGGAGCGCUCCAUGGCCACGGUGGGCGAGGAGGAGCACGCCGUGCUGGACCGGCUCACCUUCGACUACCACCAGAAGCUGCAGGGGAAGCCCCAGAGCCACGAGCUGAAAGUCCAUGAGAUGCUGAAGAAGGGGUGGGACGCUGAAGGUUCUCCCUUCCGAGGCCAGCGAUUCGACCCGGCCAUGUUCAACAUCUCCCCAGGGGCUGUGCAGUUUUAGUGACAGGACCCUUGCCCUCGCAGCUGGAGGCGGGCCUGGUGUGCCCUCCUGGGGACCUGCUGUCUGAUGCCCUCCCAUCCCUUCUUUCAAGGGCCUGCGGCCUCGGCCAUGCCUGCCGCUCCAGACGCGCAGAGAAGGGCGGGGCCGCCCGAGGGCCCUGGUGGAGCAGGGCCCGCAGCCCCCCGCCCCCCUCGCUGCUGUCUGUAGCUCUGCUUGCUGUUCUUGUGCCGCGGGAGGCGGGAGGCCAGGUGGGCGACUCCAGGACGUUUGGGGACUCAGCCUCCCUUGCUGGGCGAGACAUCCUCAGACGGGCACCUGGCACCCGGUCCUGGGUGCUGCUCUGGACGCUGGAGAAAGGCCUGUGGCCGCCCACACAGCGGCUCUGACCUCUGACCGCUGCCCCGUCCCACCACCUGCACCUUCCUUUGUGGACCUGGUUCCUGUCGGAGUGAGCUGAGCGGCUGCCCGUCCCUCUCAGGAACCCCGACCACAGCUCUGCUCCCACCGCCUCGGACCCACACCUGCGCCCUGUCCCGCAGGCCACGUGCCCAUCAGCAGGACCCGGCCUCCCCCACUGGAGCCUAGAGAUGAGGAGCCUGUGGCAGACAGCCCUUCUGGAGGCUCCCACGCUGUGUGCGUGGGCGGGAGCUGGUUCCUUGCCGGCGUUUCUGCUCGAAGGGCAGCUCCCCUGGGUCCCUGUGAUGCCGUUGGCAGGGGGCAGAUGGUGCUGGUGGCCCAGGCCCUGACCGCACACGUCACCGGCUGGUCCUGCACCUGCAGGGGCCCCUCCUCAGGCCCCAGGUCUCUGUGUUGUCCCUGUGACAAACAUUCUCGACAUGUUCCUCUGCGCCCCCCAGGGGUCUCCCCAGAGGUGAGGUGGGUGCACCUGCGUCUCAGUGAUCUGGGAGACUGGGACCAGGACUGGUGGCUGUCCUCCUGGGGCCUGCUUUUAUUUUCCAUGUCGUGUCUUUCCACCGUGCCGCUGUCAGCGUCUGGGAGGGGUGCUGGUCACAGCGGCAGCUCUGCUCCUGCCUGUUUUCUCUCUGCAGACGCGGCAGCAGCAGACGGGCCGCGGAGCCCGGCGAGGCCGAAGACAAGGCCGCCGUCCACCACGUGGGUUUGCAAUAAAUGUGUUUGAACACUCGGC